UCCAACUUGUCAUUUUGGAGCUAGGAGGCAGCUUCAGUCACCGGGCCUGGCCAGGACGGCCGUGGCGGCGCCACUUAAUGAUGGGUCCGCUGUCCUCCGCCUUCCUCUUGGACCACCUGCGAUGACUCCUUGGCACUCCUGCUUCUCAGGUUGGUUGCUCAAAAUGACGACUUCUUUGGAGAAGGCGCUGGCCACAAUUGUUGUCACCUUCCACAAAUAUUCUGGAAAGGAAGGCGACAAGUAUAAACUCAACAAGAGAGAGCUAAAGGAACUUCUGCUGAACGAACUUCCUGCAUUCAAUAGUAAACAAAUGGAUGGGGCAGAGUUCCAGAAAAUCAUGAGUGACCUGGACCACAACAAGGACAAUGAAGUAGACUUCCAGGAGUUCUCCUGCUUUCUGGCUUGUGUGACAAUGGGGUUUGACGAGUUCUUUAAGAGCUGCCCCAAACUUCCACUCCUCAAGAAAUAGAUCCAUUGGAUUGAACGGCUGAACAUUCCAAGACCAAUUAAAUAAACGUUCUUUUUACUA